GUGUGAGUGUGUGCCAAUGUAAUUUUAUACAGUGCAGUGUAGCCUGGAAUUUCGUAAACAGCGAAACAUGUUCAAACCAAAAUGUUCAUUUUGUGAUCUUUAAGAAAUAUUGGAUUUCGAGCAUGGCAAACAUUAGCAUAACAGCUGAAAAUAUUACUCAGUUAAGGUCACUGAAAAGAGGAGACCAUAUUGCAGUGCAGGGGGAAAUGGCUGGAGUCAAGUACUAUCAUCAUGGCAUAUUCCUAGGACACGAAAUUGGUGUAGCUGACUUCAAUGGUACAAAUAAAAUGAAUGCAAUUGUCCGGGUUAUUGACAUAUUAGAGUUUAUAGGACAAGGCAAACGGAGAUUAAUCCGGUACAUAUAUAAAAGUUCUGAAUGCCUUCCUGCCGAGGAAGCAGCAAGAAAUGCGGAAGCUCUCGCUGCCAAUCCUAGGCUUUGGGGUGCUUAUGAUGUAGUGAAGAACAACUGCGAGCACUUUGCAACCAGAUGUAAGGUUGGUCGAGCGGUAUCAUUUCAAGUUGCCUCAAAGCUAGGUAGUUUUAUUGCAGGCGUUGCUGUAGUUUCACUCUUCUCGCCAGCACUAGCAAUUGGUUCUGUCGCCGUUGGCGGCAUUUUCCUUGCAAACAUAAACAAAAGUAAAUAGAAGUAAAUAACUUUAAUCAAACUACAGAAGAAUCCCUUUUGACCGGAAAGGAUAUUAAUGAAAAGGCUCAAAUUACACCGAAUGGAAUGUUAAUUUCUGCUUCAUAUAUUUUGCUACGAUCCUAUACAACAUCCGUGUAUAAAGUUCUACAUAUCUGAAAAGUUCCUGAAGGUUACACUGUUUUAAACUAAUAAAGGAGUAACUACAUGCUCUUUACUUCUAUAGUGAACAACCAGUUUGAAAGUGUUAGUGCAUUUUUCAAUGUGUCGUAUUUCUUAUUCAUAUAGGAAUAUAUUUGUACAUGUAUAUCAAACGGAAAAUCAUUGAUAGUAAUGAAUUUAGAUACUAUCAACAUCCAGUUUACGCCAUUACUAAUGCUUGCGUUUAUGAUUGUUCUUGACAUAAAGAUGAAAUAAACAAGUGCGUAUUUCCGCUGCAUA